UGAUCGAUUUUUACUAAAUCACGCGAGAAAUAACGUUAUCAAAACGUAACCAUUGUUGUUUACCAAUUUUACCGGGCCCUCUGAAAAAAUCCGACUAGAUCAAAGAUGAGUAAGGCACAUCCACCAGAGCUGAAAAAGUACAUGGAGAAGAGGCUUGCAUUGAAGCUGAAUGGUGGUAGAAGAAUCAAUGGAAUCUUACGUGGGUUUGACCCUUUCAUGAACCUUGUUAUAGAUGAGACAGUAGAAGAGUCAAAAACAGGAGAGAAACAUGCUAUUGGAAUGGUGGUUGUACGAGGGAACAGCAUAAUUAUCCUGGAAGCAUUGGAUAGAGUCUGAUAGUGGGAACAUUGUAGUGUUGUAUAUAUUUGGUAUGCUUUAUGGAGGUGUAGAACAGUUUUUAAAACGUUUCAAGAUUCUAAAAAUUGACCAGAGGGAGUCAUCAAACUUGUUUGGAUUCUCCAGAAAGCCAUGUCGGGUAGACCUAACCUAACACAUCUUCAACAAUCCUGUAUAUGCAGAUGCGGGAUAAGUCUGCAGAUAUUUUAAUGUUUUGAUCAUCAAACUUGAAAUUCAGUUCAAUUAAGAAAUUACUGCAAAAGAUUUGUUCAUCUUUCAUCUUGUUUUAUAUAUAUAUCAUGUUGUAAAAACACAUUCUUAUCAUGUGAAUAAAAUUCAAAAACAA